AUGAGGUUCACUAACCUGUUGGCCAUCGUGCUGUCCAUCGGCAGCAUCGCAGUCGAAGCCACGCCCGUCGACAAACGCUCCGCUCUCACUUGCGGCCUCCACGGCGACGAUAGCAACCGCUAUGUGAUUCAGCAGACCCGCUGCACCCGUGCCAAUUGUGCUAUCGAGUGCAGGAAGUCCAAGAAAUGCCAGGCCUACAGCUACGGCAAUGGUCGUUGCCGUCAGUACUCCAACGGCUGUGCCAGCUUCAUCAAGCCGAACAAGAAGUCUCCGUAUGCUUUCUACGACAAGGCUUGCGCAUUGCCUCAGCCGGCCAAGACCUCGACCAAGAAGACGACUACUACUACUCGCAAGGCGACUACGACUUCCGCUCGCAAGGCUACUACGACGUCUGUUCGCAGGACGUCUAUCACGACCAAGCGUGCAUCGACCACGACAUCUCGGCGAGCAGCUACAUCCACUUCUGUGAGGGGUGACCCAUUGUCCAACUCGCUGUCGACGUCGACUUCUGUUCGCGCUUCUUCGACUUCGCGCUUUGGAAGUUCUUCUACUACCGCUUCUCGUGCUGGAUCAAGCGGCACUGUUCCCGGCACCUCUUCAUCUGUGUCUCGCAGCACCUCGACGACAGUAUCAGGCACUGCCCCCGGCACCUCUUCAUCUAGGUCCUCUUCCUACGGGUCCUCUUCCUCUGGUUCCUCUUCGCCCACAUCUUCAAGCACAACCUCUGCUGCCGCUCCUGGUGUCACCGCGGACUCAUGCAACGAUCUCAGCAGUUCGAACAACGGCCAGAUGAUCGUCGACAUGACAAUCUUCGACCUUGACUGCGACACUACCUUCGAGAACGGACAGCCCGUCGACGAUGAGCCAAGAGAUACGGAUUCUUUCGGUGAUUGUCUGACGCAAUGUGCGAGCUAUCAAGGCAUGAAUGUCUGCUCUGCUAUCACAUGGAUCCCAACCACGGGAGAGUGUAUUCUUCGCCAGACGUCCUCUACUUCCGGUGCAGCCCAAAGUUCGACAACUAUCGCGAACGGCGGCAUCUCGACCUCCGCCUCGGCAUCAGACAGCACCUCCGCAGCAGCUCGAUCGACAUCUACUUCGUCGACCGAUGUCACCUCCGCUGGCAAUGAUCAAACGACGACAUCCCGGGCAAGGAGCGAAAUCUCUACCUCCUCUGCGGCUUCCCAGAGCAUUACCUCUGCUGCGACUCAAUCGUCAUCUGCUUUAUCCGUCGACGCUACCUCCGCUGGGAAUGGUCAAACGACAACAUCUCUGGCAAGCAGCGACAUUUCGACAUCUUCUUCAGCUUCUGAGAGCAGCGCCUCCUCUGCAGCCGGAUCGAGCUCCGCCUCUCCGACCGAUGCUGGAAUUUCGGCUUCUUCGGCCUCCACUUCUCAAGGCCCCACACCUUCUUCCUCGACAUCCGAUAGCACUUCCGACGUGGCUGGCCCGACUUCGAGCUCUUCUUCAAACGACGCUGUAAGCUCAACCUCCGCCGCAAGCAGCGAGAUCUCGACCUCUUCUGCGAGCGGCAGCGGUUCGACAUCCGCAGCAAAUGGCCAGAGCUCGACCUCUUCCACAGCACCCGACAGCAACGCCUCCGCUACCGCCGGAUCAAGCUCUAUCACAACCUCGUCCUCCGCAUCGGAGAGCACUUCCGACGUUGCUGGCUCGACCUCUAGCUCUUCUUUGACCAGCGCAGGAGGCUCAAGCUCCGCCACAGACGGCGAGGCUUCGACUUCGUCCGGGAGUGAUAGCAGCUCAACAUCCGCGGCAAACGGUGAUAGCUCAAGCUUCUCAUCCUUAGCGAGCAGCGAUGCAAGCUCGACGUCUAUUGCAAAUAGUGGCAUUUCGACCUCCUCAUCGGCUUCCGAAAGCACCUCUUCCGCAGUUCAAUCUAGCUUCUCCCUAAUCAUCUCUUCGAGCAGUACCGGAUCGAACGUCUUGAGCACGACUGUCACUGAAAGCACGGCUUCAUCAGGAAACUCGGCCUCGAUCAGCUCUGCUUCGGCCACGUCAUCCGCACCCGCUGGACCCAGCGCUGUAUCGUGCGAUCUUCUCACAGACAGCAGUGGGCAAUAUGUUGCUAGCAAUGGCGACACUUUCGACAAUGAGUGCGACACAUCUCUCGAUGGCUCUCCCGUGGACGAUGUUCCUAGGACCACAACUUCUUUCCAGGAAUGUGUGGAGGCUUGCGCAACAUACACCGGCCCGAACAAGUGUGUUGCCAUCACGUUCACUGAUGGUCAAUGUAUCCUCAAGUCGGAGACUGGCGUGCCGUCUCUCGAUGGCAGCAGCGAUUCUGCUACUCUGUUGCCCUCCGAGUCCUCGUCCACUUCGAUAUCCGCGCUUGUUACCUCUACUUCUGUCGACUCUAGCUCAAGUCUAUCCACCGUAAGCGCUACAUCGUCAGAAAACUCCGCUAGCAGCUCUACUUUGAUCACCGCGAGCGCCACCGUGUCGCUUUCUUCGACUGUUUCAUCGACAAGCGAAGGCUCAUCCAGUUCUCCUGCCUCGACAGCAACGGAGAGCGGCUCUACCGGCUCUGGGGCAAUCAGCACGUCGUCCAACGUCUCGUCUGCUUCCGGAACCACCCAGAGUGAUGCAAGCUCGGCUUCGGCUUCAUCUUCUACUUCAACGGCAACCGACGCCGGCUCUGUGAAUACCACAGCAAGCAGCACAUCGUCCGAUGUCUCGUCUGCUUCGAGAACUACUCAGAGUGAUGCAAGUUCGGCUUCGACUAGAUCGUCUGCCUCGACGGAUGCUCAGUCGACAGCAAGCAGCACAUCAUCCGACGUCUCGUCUAUAUCAGGAAGCGCUACUACCACUGACGGCAGCUCAACUUCGACUACAUCAUCCGCAACUCAAUCGAGCACAACCCCUGCACCGACUGCUGCUUCCUGUGACGAGCUUGCUGCAAACGGUGGUCAGUUUGGCAGCGAUAGCAAGCAGUUCCAAGCGCAAUGCGACUCCAGCAUUGACGGCGAGCCUAUGGGCGAGCCAGAGAAUGAGCCUUCCUACCAGGAUUGUUCUGAUCUUUGUGCUGCAACAUCGGGCUGUGCGGCUUUCACUUUCGACUCUGAAUCCGGCGUGUGUACUCUGUACCAGGGUUCAGUCAUUGUCGUUCCAGGUACCAGCAACCCAGGCAACAGCAAUCCUCCUGACGCAGGAGUCUUGCUCCCGCCUCUCUCCUCCACCACAACGACAGGAUCCGCUACCCAAACCACCAACUCUGCGACCUCCUCUACUUCCACGGUUUCUACGACAUCCGCUGCUCCUUCCUCGUGCGCCAUCACCGCCCCUGGCGGAAACGUUGAGGAUGUCCUGGAGGUUGUGAGGACAGAACGAUGUACAUGA